AUGCUGGAAUGCGCGAUCCCAGAGCAUCUCCGCAAGGAAAGAACAUGCCCGGUUAGCACACCGCCCAACUAUGUUCCGCCUUUCCCUGCGUAUUGCGCCAGCUUUCCCACCAAGAUGGACGCGCUCGUCAUGGCAGUUAUAGGAGCACAGUAUGCCUCUGUCACUGGAAACGAUGGCACGGCCAUCUCUAAGCUGCAGGAUUUUGUCAAUAAAGCGCCAGAGUCAAAGCGACCGUCGUUUUGGGAAGUGGCUUCCGUUGUCGACAAGAGAGGCGCGUACAGCAUUGCUGUCAUUGCAUACUGGCGCAGCGCAGACGUGCACAAGAAAUGGCAGCAAGAAUCUGGUUUCGAUACAUGGUGGCAGAGUCCAGACAGGGAACAAGAUGGACAUGGCUGGUUCCAAGAAAUCCUGUGUCCAACAAUCGAUCGUUUUGAGACGGUAUUUUCGAACUCCGAGAAUCCAGAAGGGGGCGCCAACAUGCAGGAGAAGAUCUCGGGCGAGAUAAAAGAACAUGCAUACUGGGGUAGCAUGCGCGACCGGCUGGCAGCUGCUCAAGACAAUAGACUUGAUGGCACCAAAUUGAGUUCUGCCAACAGCAGCGCCAAUGGCUCGCCUGUUAGCGACAACGUUCCAAAGCGCGUUCGUGUACCCGGCAAGCCCAACUUGUGUGUAAUUCGGUCGGGUCAGGAUUGGUCCGACACGCUACCUGAAGAACGCAAGCUCUAUCUCAAUACCAUACAUCUCGUGCUCAUGGAAGGUAUGAGGUUUCUGCGCGAUGAAGGUCGCGAAAUUGGGUGCUAUGCGAUGAACUUGUGGGACGUAGUGGACUCUAGCUCGUUCGCAGCAAACCGUGAGAGGACGUUCGGUCUCGGAUACUUUGAUGACCUGGCAUCUCUCGAGUACUGGAGUAAGAGCCACCAAAGUCAUAUCAAUAUUUUCGGAGGCUUUCUGAUGUAUGCGAAGAAGCUCAACAACGUGUUAUCGCUUCGACUGUUCCACGAGGUUUACGUGCUAGAGCCGAACCAGCAAUUCUUCGAGUACAUUGGAUGCCAUACCGAGACGAAUCGAUACAAAGGGCCAAGACCCUCCGCCCAAUCUUCUGACUUCAGCUCCAUUCGGACCACUUCCCAGUCUCGAACAUGGCUUGGUGGCGCCGUGACCCGACCUUCAGUCCCAUUCAACGUUACGCGCAACGCGUCCUACGGUCCCACGAGGCUGCUCUCCGUACGCGAUGCUUCUCUCCGUCCAUCUGGCAUGUCUAAUCUUGAGUGGCUGCAGCUACAGCAAUACCAGCGAUGGCGAAAGAGGCUGAUGGACGACCCAUACCAGGCUAUCUUUGGUGCUAGCAACGAUAUGUUAAGUGGCAAGGGGCUCAAAGACUGGGAAUGGACCAGCAAAAGCUUUCCAAAGUGGUUGCUGAGAGAGCUGGACAUCCAUGACGACACCACAUCGUCGCCUAAAAAUGAUAAAGAUGGCAAUCCCAAUCCGAGAUAUCCGAGACGAGUUGAGGUCAGGAAUGAGAGUUCCCACGAGCACAAGGAACGAGCAUCUUACUUUCCACAACCAUCCUUCCGGACAAAUCAACUGCUCCGUGACGACCCGACUGGGGUUGAAUCUCCUUCAGACUUCAGGAGACCUCGAGAUCAGCCUCAUGUCAGGUCUUCCGGCCGCCUUCCAGAAGUGCCGAGCAAACCCGAAGCAAGCGCGACCAACUCAGCAUAUCCUGCAAGUAUUCCACAGAACUACGAUCUCCAGCAGCCUACGCCACCGAAGAGCACAGAGUCCUUCGGAGAGUACAUUACGAAGACGAAAUCCGAUGCGGCCUCAAAGAUCGAAAAGUCUGGCAACAUUACAUCGACUACGGAAGAUUCCUCCAUGGUUCAAUUCCUGACGGAGACACCCGGGCACAAAGAUCCCUAUCUCUACGGUGCAACUGAGGAUGGUACUUGGAGAGAAACUUCGCUACAGAGGAGAUUUUCAAAAGAUCUGGUAGCAAAGCCUGAGAUUUACAAUGUCCCUUUGCAAAAAGCAGAAGACAAGCCCUCGGCACCGGAGUCAGCGACUGUGGAGAUUCAUGAGGCACCCUCAGUGUCACCUACAGAAGAACAUGUUACAUCCAUUCCUACAGACUCGGGCCUUUCAAGCACGAGGCGGCAUGUUUCUCAAGAGCAAUUUUCAACACAACAAGAGCAUGCCCCUCAAGGCACUACUUCGUCUUCCCGGUCUACUUCCAAGAUUUUGAGUCAGCUGCCUGAAGAUGACUUGGACUUCUUGAGUGCAGAUCAUAUACGUGCAAACAUGGCCGCGAGAAGGAGCAAAGUCCUUAGCGACGAUCUCAAAAAGGCCGAACGGGCCAAAUUAGAGAAGACUUUUGAGGAUACUCACAAGAAACACAAUGUCAUCGACCCGAUGCUUGAGGCUAAGGUCAUCAACGAUCAGUUCGUCCGUCGAGUUGAAAGACAAAUGCAGCAACCAGAGAAAACACUUGAGUCUCAGGAGAUUAACAAACCGCAAACAAGUACACCAAGUGAGAAAACACAUUCCGUGGAGACCGAAAGUCAAUUGGAGUCGAGCGUCGAGCGAAUGAAGUCAUGGCUUGAAGAAAGCGGCGCCAAGUUUUCCAGCUUCUUUUGGCAAGACCCUACUGAGGAGGCGGACGUGGUAAAAACACGACAAUUUUUCGACAAGAUCUUGGCGCGUCUCCGUAAAGGCCGUACGACUAUGAAGCAAGUGAUUGAUGAUCUAGAGGCCGACAUUCCAGCAUCUAAGCCUCUCUUGAAGCGCAUGAAAGCGGACGAGGAUCUACUAGACUCUGCUAUCAAUGCCCUUCGGCAGGAUCCGGGAACUGGCAAGAUGCAUUCCUUGACACCGAAGAAAGUCAGAGCUAUUCAAGAACUGCGCCUUAAGUACCAGAGCACAGACAAUGAUCUUAUUAAGGCAUACGAACAGCUCGAGGAAUUGGGCAAGUCCGAUGCGGCAAAGAACAUGUCUUCAGCAUUCAAACGGCGACUCAACAUUGCAUCAAAAAUCACCCAGAAAAAUGCUCACCUUACGCGUUGUUUGAUCUGGAGUCUACAGGGUCAUCUCGAGGACGCGGAAAUCGCCCAGACUAUGCUACCGAAUUACAAAGCUGUUGCAAACAGCUUGUUGACCCUCAAAGACACACAAUUGGCUUUAGCGCGAUUGAUAGAACGCGCCAUGCUCAUUUAUGGUGUAGUACCGCAUACGUGGGAAGAUAUUAAAACCUUCAGUAAAAGUCAGAAUGCGCAAGAUUCGCAGGAUCAUGGGCAGUCAGCCCAAGGUAAAGUAUACACUGGUAUGACUGAGGUUGACAAAGCUCAGCUUCGCGCUAAGGUAGCAGCUGAAGAACGCCUUGCCAACGAGGUCGAUGCACAGAAGUCCGCUAUGCGUGGGCUCUCAGAUGAUGGAUACGCGCGCAUACCGAAGAUGGAACUGAAAAAGUCGUUUGAGGAGCGAGGACCUCUUGCUCACAGCCUAUUCAGGCCUUUCGGACCCGUAUUGGAGAGCCUAGAGAAGGAAAUGCCAUCCAAAGUAGAAACAACCGAGGUCGAGGAGAAGGCGAUUCACCAGCUCAACGACAAGACACCUGUUGAUGACAUCCAAAAGGCAUAUGUGGAUACGCAUGGAUCAAUUGCUGUUGACCACGAGCAUACAGAGAUCCCGAUCAAGGAUAACAAGGCUGAAGAAGACCAUGAAGUGAACAAGUUUGAUAUGCUGAAGGAUGAUCCCAUAAUAGGCGAGACGUUGACCCAGGUGAACGAGCUAGAGAGCUCAGAACUGGUGGCUGAGAAAGAGGUUACAUCAGUUGCUGCUCUAACCCAAACUGCUCAGGAUACCAUGACUGCUGCUCACACUCCAUCAUCUCCUGUAUCCGCUACUUUGGAUCCUAAGCAGGACAAGGCGUCUGAUGACACCUUUGUUGAGGUAUCGUCUCCGGUCACGUCACCUCGUUCAUCAGGAGCGGGCUCACAGAUGCUUUACACAAUCCUUGUGCACGAUCCGGACACUGGCAAGCUUUCGCUCACCACCUCUACAUCGGUUUUACCUCGUGACCUUCCUCCCAUGAUACCACUACACGAAGCGCUAUCGCAGCUCGAUCAGCCUGCGAAGUUCAUUCCACAUAUCAAAGAUGGCCUCGAGAUUGUCACUGCGAAGAAGGAUAUGCUUAUCCUGCGCGAUGCUCUCAACCCCACAUCGCCCACUAAGUCCUUCGCCACCGUGAACACCUCGAGCGCAAUGGAAGGCAACAUUGACAAUACGGUGGAGAGAGGCAAUAUCAAUCCCAUAGAUGGGACAGCCCGUCUCUCACCUACUGGCUACGUCGGACCAGAGGAGAGCCAAGAACAACUUGAGAAAGAGUUCACUGAGCGUAGGCAAGCUGCUGAGCGCGUUGUCAGCACGGAAGAAAGCAGUAACGAACAAGGACCAACCGAACAAGAGACCAAAGGCAAGAGGAAAGGCCGCAAAGGAGUUGGUGUAGUCAAGACAGCCAUCUGGGCUGCCGCGGUAUGCUAUGUGGCUGGUGUACUUGGAGAAGUUGUUAGCUGA